GGUUCGUGGAGACAUUAAAAAAAUGAUGUCCAUCAAGUUUUUCAUGGCCAUUUUGGCCGUGGCAUCUGCCUGGCCAUUCAAGCAGAUAUUCGACCAGGAGUUCACAAACUUCAAGAUCGAACACAACCGUGCCUACAGCAGCCCUACAGAGGAGAGGUUCCGCUACAAUUUGUUCAUGCGCAGCAAACUUCGUGUCUCGCUGCAUAACGAAAAGUUUGCGCGAGGCGAAGUGCCGUACAAGGUCGGCUUGACUCGGUUCUCUGAUAUGACUCGGCAAGAGGCAAGUGAAAUGCUCGGGCUGCAACACAUGCCGGAACAUGAAGCCGCUUACCUGGAACGCGAAACUCGUCGUGUUGCGGCCUCCGUCAGGGCUGUCGAAGAUGACGGUCUCCCCGAUAAAGUGGACUGGAGAGAGAAGGGUGCCGUGACCCCAGUUAGGGACCAGGGUCAUUGCAGGGCAAGCUACGCAUUCUCGGCAGCCGGAGCAUUAGAGGGCCAGAUGUUCCUGAAGACUGGAGUUCUGCCAGUGCUGUCAACGCAGCAACUGGUGCACUGCUCUCAGUAUCGCUACUGUAAAGGUGGUCUUCCUGCACUGUCAUAUGAAUACGUCGAAAGAAACGGGGGCCUGGCUACCGAGGAGCAGUAUCCAUACCAUGGCCCUGGAGGACAGUGUCAGAAGAAUAUCACAUCUCAAGCUGCCGUCAGUCACGGUUAUCGCGCCUUCAAGAAAAACGACGAGUGGGCGUUGAAGGAAGCCGUGGCUAAGUAUGGUCCCGUCACCGUCGGCAUUUCGGUUGUUCCUCCGCGUUACGGUCCGGAUUUCUACGAUUACACCGGAGGGGUUUUCUAUUGCCCAGAGAGAGGCGAUAUAAACCACUCUGUGCUGGUCGUGGGAUACAGCACAAGCGAAAAAGGUUGGGAUUAUUGGAUCGUUAAGAAUUCGUGGGGCGAGAAGUGGGGUGAAAAUGGAUACUUCAAGUUAAAAAUGGAUACUGAAAAUAAUGAAAAUACCUGCUUCAUCGCCGCCCAGAGCUCCAUCCCAAUCGUGUGGAGUAAUGGAAAAUGAACCCACGAUAUUGGAUACCGAACGUUCCGUUCUGGUGCAGCGCAUUCAGCGGACGGACGACUUUGUGUUCGCUCGAUAAGAUAUUUCUUGUUAGUGAUACGAGUUUCUUUCAUUUGAUUUAAAUUUAAUACCGGAAGGUCGAAACUUGAACUCACCAGAUAUAUGAAUGUUCCUGUGUUUAUGUCGGUUAAUGCUAGAAAUAAAGAUUAACUAAACAUG